AUGGCAACUGCAGCAGUCCAGAUUCCAUUUCCAGCCGGGCCGCCUGGCCAGCCAGAUAUCGAGUACGCUCCAAACUAUGAGAAAUACCAGGAAAGGAUCAAGCGACGAAAGGAAACGGAGACUUUGGAGAAAUCACUUCCUCCCGGCUUCCCACAGAAGCUGAACUCAGCCCUUGUAUGGGAAGGGAAGGAUCUCGGAAACUCAUAUGACUGGUCAUACGAACUCACGCCAGCUGACAUCAACGAGAUUGAGGAAGGCCUGCGGCACUUCCAGUCCCUAAACCAGCCCCUCGGCUUCAUCACGCAGGAGACCUUCCCCCUGCCCAACCUCCACCACACUCUGCGCGCCAUCUCGCGCGAGAUCCACACCGGCCACGGCUUCAAGGUGGUGCGCGGCCUCCCCGUGGACACGCACACGCGCGCCGAGAACAUCGCCAUCUACGCCGGCGUCGCGGCGCACGUGGCUCCCGUGCGGGGCCGGCAGGACCGGCACGUGGCCGCCGGCGAGGACGUGGUUCUGACGCACAUCCGAGACCUCACGGCGAAGGUGGACGCGGCCGCCAUCGGCGCCCCCGCGUACACGGCCGACAAGCAGGUCUUCCACACCGACUCGGGCGACGUGAUCGCGCUGUUCGCCCUCGGCGCCGCCGCCGAGGGCGGCGAGAGCUUCCUGUCCAGCAGCUGGAGGGUCUACAACGAGCUCGCGGAGACGAGGCCCGAUCUGGUUCGGACGCUGGCCGAGCCGUGGGCGGCUGAUCUGUUCGGCAAGCAGGGGAAAAAGUACGUGGCCAAGCCGCUGUUGCACCACCAGCCCGCGACCGACACUACCCCUGAGCGCCUCAUCAUCCAGUAUGCGCGCCGGAGCUUCACCGGCUACUGGGGCCUGCCGCGCUCGGCGGACAUCCCGGCCAUCACAGAGGCGCAGGCAGAGGCCUUGGACGCGCUGCACUAUACGGCGGAGAAGUAUGCCGUCGCGCUCGACUUUAAGAAGGGGGAUGUUCAGUUUGUGAACAACCUGAGCAUCUUCCACGCCCGGGGCGAUUUCAGGGACUCGCCAGAGGAGCAGCGUCACCUUAUCCGGCUUUGGUUGCGUGACCCGGAGUAUGCGUGGGAGACCCCCGAGGCGCUGAGGGAGCGGUGGGAUCAGGUCUAUAAAGAUGUGACACCUGAGAGCUCAGUGUUUCCCCUGGAGCCGACCAUCAGGAGCGCGAGCUCGGGCCACGUCCAACAUUUAGUCAUUGUCAUUCGUGUGAAAGUCCGUUUAACCCCCUAG